AUGUCGCCCAAACCCGAUGCCACCGUCGCAACAAUGCCUCUUUCGCGUGGAGAGAAGUGGGAGCCCGAAACGACGCUGCCAUCUCUCAGGACUGCUGCUUCAUCACAUGGACCGCAGCGGAAGGUGCGCAGUCCGAUGUCGAUGGACUCCGAUGCUGUUCGCGAGCAGGACGACUCGUUAUAUCUUCGACUUGGACAAGGUGCAAGGCACAGCUCAAAAAGGAUGGCGUUAGGAGUGGCUGCAGGGAAAAGAACCGAUACUGACUUAAUCGCUGAAUCCGAUGUCGACACCGCCGUGGUCCCGCUGCGGACACCUUCUCGGUCCAACCUGCCCCUGAUGUUCUCGCCUCUUCUGUCACCGCCUGCCGACGAAGCGAUGGAUAUGGAGGACCCCUUGGGAGAGCGUCUAUCACAGCGGAAUGUCUACGAUACGGCGCCGCCUCCGGGUUACAAAAGACUCAACAAGGUCCGCAGCUCUCGAAGACAUACUUGGGCCAAUGCACGCUCUGACAUGGAGCAGCCACAUAGUUCUGUCGACGGUUUGCAGAGUCGUGUAUUCAGACCCCGACACCUAUUGCCCCCAGGCCCCCAGGAGCCACUGUUCCAACAACUUCCCGUGCAGUUUCUGGGUGAUGGGUUUUCGGGUGAUGAGGCCAAGGCCAGGCCACACGGUAACCGUAAGAGAGUCAAGAGCGACAGCAGCAAUAGCGUCGGCUCGUCCAGCAAGAGAAAGAAAAAGGCGGACGUGUCGCCCAUCCUGGGGUCUCUCGACAUCGUCUCUUUGAGCCAGGAGGAGAGCGCAAUCGACAUGGCCGCCGCAGCGGGGGCAGCCUUUGCCGCGGCAAAGGCUGCCUCCCGGAUCAACACCGUCAUGGAAAUCAUUCCGCUGCGUCCCGUGCAUGCACCGCCGGCCAUAACUUGGGACUUCAACGACACACAAAGUCCUGUCAUCAAGACAGAAGUCGACGACGCAAACAUGGGUGAUGACGUUGUUGCAAUUCCCAGUAGCUGGAACGAAAAUGGACAGGUCAUCGAAAUCAUAGACGAUGAGGUUGCGGUUCACUAUUCGGCAUUGCCACCUUUGAGACACGAGCGGAGGAGGUCUCCAACAUGUUCGAGUUUGGCGGCGUUGGAAAGUUGA